AGUACGAUAACUGUUAACAUUGACGACGAUAUCGAUACUACUAUUUACAAAACACAAAACAAAACCCGCCCGAGGUGGAAACGACGCGUUAUAUGCUGUUGUCGUGCAACGUUCUAAGACGAAUUCUACGUAGCUGAACUUUGGGAAUUUAUUUCGUGUACUGUGAGCCAUGGGACGUCGUAAGUCAAAGAGAAAGCCGCCUCCAAAGCGAAAAAAUAUUCAGCCACUCGACACUCAGUUCAAUUGCCCAUUUUGUAACCAUGAAAGGUCAUGUGAAGUUGACAUGGACAAGUCUCAUAAUGUUGGAAGGGUGCACUGUAUGAUCUGUCUAGAGGAUUUCCAGUGCACCAUCAACUACCUCUCAGAAGCAGUGGACGUUUACAAUGAAUGGAUCGAUGCGUGUGAGAGUGCAAAUUAACUUGUGUGGUUGAUUCUACUAUACGUCUGCAGUGUAGUCCAGUUGAUAGCUGAAUGUCAUUUAUAUUAUGUCUCCUGUUUUUCAUAGGUAUAAAGCAUUGUUUUCAUAUAUUGUACAUGUGUUCCAAAUCACAAACUAUUUUGUGCACAUUUUAUUUUGUUUGAAUAUUGAUAGGAAGACAAAGCACAUUUCAUCAAAGAUUGCUAGAAAACCAAAGCUACAAAUGUGUUAGAAAUAAUAAUGAAAAAUUGUAAUUCCAUUUAUUAGGGCAUUUUCAUUUGUACUGUUUAAAAGACUGCAUAUAGUUGAUAUGGAUUUUUUUUUUACUUAGGUAAAUGAAGGAAAGUUUAAAGUAAUAAAUUUAGUUAUUAAAAUUCAUACUAGUUUGUAAAAUAUUCAUUGCCCAAUAAAAUUUGUUUUGUAAA